ACCCUAACUUGUAGGGAGAUGUCCCAUCACGCCGCCACUCCACCAAAUCCCCUCAGGAUCCCCUCCCUCGAUCCCACAGCCUCCCCGACCAACUCCUUUCUCUCUUUGGAUUCUCCCAGAUCCGAUCCAGCCAACCAGCAACCUCCGACCAUCUCCUUGAUUUCCGCCGCCACCCAACCAUCCCUUCGGGUCCAUCCAUCCCGCGCCUCCCCUCUCGAUCAAGGAGCCCGAGCUCAUCUGCCUGAGGUCGUCGUCUUCGAUCGGCCUCGCCGGAGACCAGCGCCCCGCUGCCUUCUCCUCCCUAUUCGAUCCGGAGGAGAGGAGCUCCUCCAUGCCCUACCUCGCGAUGAUGGCCACCGGCCACCCAAGCAGCAGCAGCAGUCUCGAACGCCGCCCUUCAUCGCCCGCGUCACCCGACCUCUGCAUCACGUCGCGAGGAGGACGAUGAGCGCUGACCUCGCCGGCUCGAUCUGCUGUCUCCUUCAACCGCGCGUCGCCAAGGACCAGUGCAGGCCGCCUCCGCUGCUCCUCACCUCGUCCGCGUCGAUGGGAUCGCAUCAAGUCCGCCACCGUCGUCCUCUCUCGGGAAUGAGCUCGACGCCUGCGUCCUGUGCUGCCUCCUCGAGUGAGCAGCCGCGCCGUCACGCCCUCUACCAUGGAGCUCGCCUCCAUCGUCAGCAGCAGCACCCGAGGUCCUGCCGUCCACCCAAGCGCGCCGCCUCACCGACCUCGCUCGUCGGCGGCCACCCCGGCCAGCCUCCGGCCACCUGCAGGCCGACCCUGUCGCCCUUGCUCGCCAAGUCCCUCUGCCGGAAUUCCUGUCUCGCGUCAGUCUUCUUCAGGCGCUCGAGCCAGGAGCCAGGAGACGAGCAGCUCGUCCCCUCCUCUGCCUCGCUCGCCCCAGCAACCGUCGUGCCCAGCCCCCGAAGGAGCAGCAUCGCCCACAUCCAUGGUGUCCCUUGCCUCGUCUUGGUCCGGUGGAUCCGGACGCCCAAGACCUCGCUGCCCCUUCGCCCCGCUCACCGGAGCUCUGCUCCCAGCCACUGGCUCCUUGCUCGCCCCUCUGCUUCGCCCCUGCACGAGUAGGACGACCCCGCCUUGCGUCGUGUCCGUCCAGGCACGAGCGCGUGCGUGCGUUGACCACAUCGGGUCUGCGUCGACCCGAUCCAAUAAGAGAGUCGGCCCACUCCUACACAGAUCUGGGCUUUUGGCCCAUGGUGAGCUGCCCCAGCACCCCCACCCCCCUUGUUUUCCUCGGUUGGGCUUGUCCAGAUUCGGCCCGAAUCGUGUUUUUUCCCGCGGAUCAAUUUAGCUAUUAUCCAAUGAACGUCUGUUUUACAGAAAACCCCUCUUACUUCAUGCAUACCAUAAAUCACAAACCGUGCAUCAUUUGUAAAUAAGUUAUAUAUGAAAAAUGCUUAGAAUUUGGUGUAGUUUCAUAAUAUGCUAUUUUCAUCCAUGUUUAAAAUGUUUAAAAUGGUGUUGGAUUAAAUUUGCUCAUAUACCAUGUUAAAAUGAUUUAAUUCAUAACUAAUUAACCGUAGCUCCGAAUUAAAUAAAUUAUAUAUGUAACUUGCUUAGAAAAAUGCAUAUAUUAACAUGGUACCACUACUUUGCAUGUUUACCAACUCUAAAAUAUGGUUUAGGGCAGAACAGUACCAAAUCUAAAAUAUGCAUAUGGGGAUUUUUCGGAAUGGUUGUUGUUAUUUCCGGCCUCAUUUAACUUGCCUAAAUAGUUAGUUUGCUUAUGU